AUGGAAAUCGAUGCAGAAACCUUAAUAACAGAAGUUUUCACGAGACCUGUGCUUUGGGAUAAGAGCAACAAAAGCUACCACAAUCGCAUUAUUGUGGAAAAUAAUUGGAAACACAUUGAAGGUGUCAUGCAAAAGCCAAAACAAUUGAAGAAAAAAUGGAAAGGCUUAAGAGACCAAUUCAGAAAUGAAUAUAAAAAAAUUCCUGUUGCAAGAUCGGGAGAUCCUGGUAUUUCAGAGGAGGAAUUCAAUAAAUAUAUUAUAUGGCCGCACUUCAAAUCCUUAUUAUUUCUGAAAAACCAAAUAAAGCCAAGGAAAUCAUCAGGAAAUUUGAGGCCGUCUGAAGAAUCAGAGCAAGCGUCAACGGAGGACUUUUUAGCUGAUGAUAUAGAAAAAGAAAAUUCAUUUGUAGAAUUGUGCGAUGAAAGUUCGGAAAAGUCAAACGCUGUAGAAGUAAAUAAAAAGAGGAAGGCGACUUAUGUCGAUGGUACGUCAGAAAUUUUGGCCAUUGAAAAACAAAAAUUGCAGUUGCUAGAAAAAAAGGUAAACACCCAAAAGGAACGCGACGACGACGUUGCCUUUUUCGAUAGUUUGUUGCCGUAUAUGAGGGACAUGGAUAGCGGUAGAAAAAUGCUAUGCCGAAUUGACAUUCAAAAAAUAGUUUACAACUAUGCUUUUCCUUCGCUUCCACAUCCAUAUUCAG